UACAUAUCACUCCGUGGCACUUGGAAGUAUCAUCUUGGGCUGAAAAUAUUCUCCCAUUGAUUGAUCAUGGAACUUGUGUCUAGCUCAAAAAGCUCGGAAAGCAAACAUGUGCCUUGUUGGAGAAGGAGCUGCCUGGAGAUCCUAGCAAGCCACCUCGACCUGAACAUCAAGCCUAACACUACAGUCCGAAGCCGGCAGAGUCUAAUUCGUCCAAUGAUCCCCAAGAGUUCUAUGAAAACUUCUACGCUUGCCAACAUCGUAAGGCUGAGCAAUCAUUCAGAUGGCAUAGAUGUACACACACCCCAACUUCGUCGUAUGAGGCCAUCCAGUGUAUUCCCAAGAGAGAAACGCCUUUAGAUGUCAAUACGGACCAUUCUGAAUUCUUCUGGGGACUGCACGUACGAGGAAGAUUUUCUGUCGUUGCGAUUGUGGUUUAUAAUGUACUAGCUAUGACACCGUCGUUGGGGUUCUUUUUCUGAUGGAUUUUUGCUUCUACCGAAAAAGAUCUCUCUAACGGAUCGCUGCCGGCUACAAUCACACUGGGCGCUUUGAGUCUGUUCUGGGCCAUCAUUGUAACUAUGAAGAAGCAAGAUCUAGAGAUAUAGACGGG